GACAGUGUGCUGGGGUUAGAGGUCAGAAACUGAGACCGACUCCCCGUUUACCGUUUCUUUACGGUUCUGCUGUUGCAUCCCGGGACAAUGUGACCCUGCCUGCGCGGAUCACCUUCAUUAGCUGGUUGGAAACCGUUACGAAAGUUUUGUUCGGUCGACGUGCACGGUUGAACGUUUCAAGAGAAGUGCCCACGUCGCGUCCCCUGCUGCGUUACAGCUGCCCGUUUAGACGGCUGCGGCUCGCCACAGCAGCGGGAGUCCCUACACCGCAUCAUCAAGUGUCGCCUACCUCUUCCCCCCCCCGGCAGCUCCAUCGAGCCAUGCGACAGUGGUGCCUCCCGGCUGCGGCACCGCGAACCGAGCCUCUGCCCACAGGGCGCCUCUCACCCCCGCUGUCAGAUGCCAGGAUGGAGUGUUGUGAGGUGGAGCCACGCUAUACCAUCGAGCAGAUCGACCUCCUUCAGCGUCUCCGUCUCUCAGGGAUGACCAAGCCACAGAUCAUCCAGGCUUUAGCAUCCCUAGAGCGGCUCGAUCCCGACCAUCGGCCCCCGUACAGCAACGACACCCACACCGCCAUCCCCACAACCAACACUACCCCUACCACAGCCUCCGCCCCAGCCCCCUCCUCCUCCUCCUCCUCCUCUUCCUCCCUCUCCUUGGCCUCCGUCACCACGCAGACACCCGGGCUGGAUGGCGCCUCCCUGUCGCCUAGCAACAGCUACGAAACCUCGCCCCCGCCGCUGUACCCCCCAGCAGUCGGAGUUCAGAGGUCAUUCAGCUAUGACAUCAUGGCGGAGGAGGACUGGGACCUGGAGGAGAAGGUAGAGGAGUAUAUGAGGAGGGACAGUAACCUGGUGAAGGAGGAGAUUAAAACCUUCCUCAACAACCGCAGGAUCUCCCAGGCCAUCGUGGGACAGGUCACAGGUAUCAGUCAGAGUUACAUCUCCCAGUGGUUGCUGCAGCAGGGCUUGGAGAUGAGCGACUCCAAACGCAGAUCUUUCUACCGCUGGUACCUGCUAGAGAAGAACAACCCAGGGCUGAGGUGGAGUGAAAGCCAGCAUGGCCCGGCAGGUCUGGGCCUGGGGCUCAGUGGUCUCGGCCAGGGGCUGGGUCAACACCCAGGCUCUGGACCCAGGGCAGCCAGGGGAGGGGACAGAGACGUCACGGCGACGGGCAAUGCCGCCACGGGCGCCACCACGGCCGCUACAGCCGCGACCGCCUCCACCACCUGGGGCAGACAGAGAGAGCUGCUGAUGCACCUGCUGCCAUGGUACACUGCAGCCGCCUCACAGCCAGGUGCUACCCUGUCGAUGCGCUCCAUGGUGAAGGAGGAGCCUGAUUGGAGGACGGGGGUCAGCCCCGGGGAGAGGGGCGGGAUGGUUGGCGGUCCUCUUAGGCUGCGGAGGGGAAGCAGGUUCACCUGGAGGAAGGAGUGCCAGUCCAUCAUGGAGAGUUUCUUCAUGGAGAACCAGUACCCUGACGAGGCAAAGAGAGAGGAGAUCGCUAACGCCUGCAACUCAGUCAUCCAGAAACCCGGAGGCAAGCUGUCUGAGUUUGAGCGUGUCACGGCUCUGAAGGUGUACAACUGGUUUGCCAACCGCCGGAAAGAGAUGAAGAGGCGGGCUAAUAUAGAGGCGGCCAUCUUGGAGAGUCACGGUAUCGAGGUUCGCAGCCCGAGCUGUCACUCCAACGGGGAGGAGCUGGAGCCACAUGACUACGCAGAGCAAGUGAAUCAACGAUUCUCAGAGCAGGAAGAGAUUUCAUCCAGGAAGGACCUUGAUCAACAAGAACCCUCCUCAUUUGCUGCCGUCAAUGUCCUUCCCCCUCCUAGCCCCGCCUCUCAGGGCCUGGAACACAAAGCUGACGAAUCGAAAAGGGAAACUGUCGAUGAGGAGUGACCUAUGGGAGAAGAACGUCACUAAAGUGUGGAUUUUUACAUAUAUAAGGGAUUUUUUUUAAGAAAAGAAAAUGACUGCUCUGAGUGUCUGUCCUCCUAGAGGUCUUCAUGGGUUAUGACUGCUCUGAGUGUCUGUCCUCCUAGAGGUCUUCAGGGGUUAUGACUGCUCAGUGUCUGUCCUCCUAGAGGUCUUCAGGGGUUAUGACUGCUCUGAGUGUCUGUCCUCCUAGAGGUCUUCAGGGGUUAUGACUGCUCUGAGUGUCUGUCCUCCUAGAGGUCUUCAGGGGUUAUGACUGCUCAGUGUCUGUCCUCCUAGAGGUCUUCAGGGGUUAUGACUGCUCUGAGUGUCUGUUCCCCUAGAGGUCUUCAGGGGUUAUGACUGCUCAGUGUCUGUCCUCCUAGAGGUCUUCAGGGGUUAUGACUGCUCAGUGUCUGUCCUCCUAGAGGUCUUCAGGGGUUAUGACUGCUCAGUGUCUGUCCUCCUAGAGGUCUUCAGGGGUUAUGACUGCUCUGAGUGUCUGUCCUCCUAGAGGUCUUCAGGGGUUAUGACUGCUCAGUGUCUGUCCUCCUAGAGGUCUUCAGGGGUUAUGACUGCUCAGUGUCUGUCCUCCUAGAGGUCUUCAGGGGUUAUGACUGCUCAGUGUCUGUCCUCCUAGAGGUCUUCAGGGGCUAUGACAGUCAGAGUUAAUAGUGGAAAGGGUGCUACAGGUCGCUCUGGUGCCUCUAGUGGUAGGGAGGCCACUGUAUGUAUACAGUAAUCAUGCUUUAUAGUAAUGGCAAUAUUUAUCUCUCUCUCUAUAUAUAUAUAUAUAUAUAUAUAUAUAGUGCAUUCCAAGACUGUCUUAAAUGGAAAAAAACUACUUCUUCGAAGGAAGAGGGUUGUACCGGUAAGCGGAUCUAUCGUCCCUUCUAUAAGCUAAAAGCCUUUCUUUAAAAAAAUGUAUUUGCGAUUUUUCUUUUUAAAAGGUAUUGACGAGUGGUUGUGUAAAAUGGAGCUAAGUGGAGGGAGGAAGGAACGUUUUCAACCUGCGGGUCAGGUGUGUUUGAUGAUAAGGUGAGUCCGGUGUGUUUGGUUGAAGCAAGCCAGGCUGAGUUUGGUUGAUCUUUCGUUGUGACGAUAGUGUUUUAAGAUAAUAUCGGCAUGAUAAUAUCCGCCUUCUCUGCUCGCUUGAAUGUCUGACCCGAUCUUCGUAACCUUUGUUAGACUUUGGGCUCAAUCUAUCGAUCCGUCAAGUGAUCGAUCAAGUAGUCUGGUCAGUGUUAAGAGUCCACCCCUGAGGGACAAACGGAAUCUCAGGUAAACCCAAACAUGAUGGAUGAGGCUGCUGAAUCGUCCAAUAUUUCUCCGUAGUAAAAGCUUGUUCAAAGGAAUGUUUCAUAUCAUAUAAUCAUAUUGACUGUUUUCUGCCAAAACGUGAACAUUACCAGUGAGUAAAAAUGGGUUGAAAGGACGUCUUUUUUUCAACUUGUUUUCCUCACUGCAUUUACUAUGUAUUUAUGUACAGUUGAAGUCUGAAGUUCACACCUUUAGCCAAAUACAUUUAAACUCAGUUUGUCACAAUUCCUGACAUAUAAUCCUAGUAACAAUUCCCUGUCUUAGGGUCAGUUAGGAUCACCACUUUAUUUUAAAUAAUGUGAAAUGUCAGAAUAAUAGUAGAGAGAACGAUUUAUUUCAGCUUUUAUUUCUUUCAUCACAUUCCCAGUGGGUUAGAAGUUUACAUACACUCAAUUAGUAUUUGGUAGCAUUGCCUUUAAAUUGUUUAACUUGGGUCGAACCUUUCAGGUAGCCUUCCACAAGCUUCCCACAAUAAGUUGGGUGAAUUUUGACCCAUUCCUCCUGACAGAGCUGGUGUAACUGAGGCAGGUUUGUAGGCCUCCUGACAGAGCUGGUGUAACUGAGUCAGGUUUGUAGGCCUCCUGACAGAGCUGGUGUAACUGAGGCAGGUUCGUAGGCCUCAUGACAGAGCUGGUGUAACUGAGUCAGGUUUGUAGGCCUCCUGACAGAGCUGGUGUAACUGAGUCAGGUUUGUAGGCCUCCUGACAGAGCUGGUGUAACUGAGGCAGGUUUGUAGGCCUCCUGACAGAGCUGGUGUAACUGAGUCAGGUUUGUAGGCCUCCUGACAGAGCUGGUGUAACUGAGGCAGGUUUGUAGGCCUCCUUGCUUGCACACGCUUUCUUAGUUCUGCCCACACAUUUUCAACAGGAUUGAGGUCAGGGCUUUGUGAUGGCCUCUCCAAUACCUUGACUUUGUGGUCCUUAAGCCAUUUUGCCACAACUUUGGAAGUAUGCUUGGGGUCAUUGUCCAUUUGGAAGACACAUUUGCGACCAAGCUUUAACUUCCUGACUGAUGUCUUGUGGAUAUAUUGAAGCAACAUCUCAUCAUUUCCUUUCCUCAUGAUGCCAUCUAUUUUGUGAAGUGCACCAGUCCCUCCUGCAGUAAAGCACCCCCACAACAUGAUGCUGCCAUCCCCGUGCUUCACGGUUGGGAUGGUGUUCUUCAGCUUGCAAGCCUCCCAACUUCGGCUUGUAAGCCUCCCUCAUUUUACUGUGGAUAUAGAUACUUUUGUACCUGUUUCCUCCAGCAUCUUCACAAGGUCUUCCUUGCUGAGCGUCCUUUCAGGUUAUGUCGAUAUAGGACUCGUUUUACUGUGGCUAUAGAUACUUUUGUACCUGUUUACUCCAGCAUCUUCACAAGGUCCAUUGCUGUUCUGGGAUUGAUUUGCACCUUUCGUACCAAAGUACGUUCAUCUCUAGGAGACAGAACGCGUCUACGUCCUGAGCAGUAUGACGGCUGCGUGGUACCAUGGGGUUUAUACUUGCGUACUAUUGUUUGUACAGAUGAACAUGGUACCUUCAGGUGUUUGGAAAUUGCUCUCAAGGAUGAACCAGACUUGUGGAGGUCUAUAAUUGUUUUUUUCUGAGGUCUUGACUGAUUUCUAUUGGAUUUCCCAUGAUUUCAAGCAAAGAGGCACUGAGUUUGAAGGUAGGUCUUGAAAUACAUCCACAGGUACACCUCCAAUUGACUCAAAUGAUGUCAAUCAGCCUAUCAGAAGCCAUGACAUAAUUUUCUGGAAUUUUCAAAGCUGUUUAAAGCUGUCAACUUAGUGUAUGUAAACGUCUGACCCACUGGAAUUGUGAUACAGUGAAUUUUAAGUGAAAUAAUCUGUCUGUAAACAAUUGCUGGAAAAAUGACUUGUGUCAUGCACAAAGUAGAUGUCCUAACCGACUUGCCAAAACUAGUUUGUUACCAAGAAAUGUGUGGAGUGGUUGAAAAAAAACGAGUUAAUGACUCCAACCUAAGUGUAUGGAAACUUCCCACUUCAACUGUGUCUUAUUCUUAAUGUCAUUAAUCCAAGGAACCUUCUAUAUACUUCCGUCUACUCGUCUUUCUUUGUCAAUGAAUAUCUCUAUUAAUCAAAGGAACAUUAUGUAUUAGUAACUAAUUAUAAUUAGUUAAUUAUGUCCCUUUUUUGUCUCUCUCUGUUCAACAUACAUACAUACAUUAACCACUCAAGUCUACUAUUCUCUGAAACCCAGAUAAGCUAGUCUGUAGUCUACAGGUUUGAUUUCUAAAAAAAAAAAAAUGUUCUUGGCGACAUAAAAUGUGUUUGUUAAUCAUGACUUGUAAUGUCUGCUGUGCUAUAAGUACCUCUGCUCAUUGUAGUAUAAGCUACUCUUUACAUAUGGUGUGUAUGACUGAAAGCUGCACUUCCUGGGCACUUCCUUUUAUGUCAUGUAUUUUACAAGAAGUGGAACAACUAUGGUAAUGUGCUUUCAA